AGGUGUCAGCAUGCGGUGUCUUGGAAGGGUCAUCACUCACUUUCUUUGGUGUUUCCACAGGUGACAGCUGGUGGAAGAGCAAAUUACUAUGUGUCAUACAGACGGGAGCCUUUCGCACAGAUUAAAUUGCCCAAAUACUCUCUUCCCAAGGACAUGCAUAUUAUCAGCACCGAUGAGAAUCAGGUGUUUGCAGCUGUUCAAGAGUGGAACCAGAACGACACGUACAAUCUGUAUAUCUCGGACACGCGAGGGGUGUACUUCACCCUGGCCUUGGAAAACGUGAAAAGCAGUCGAGGACUGGAGGGGAAUAUCAUCAUUGACCUUUAUGAGGUAGCAGGGAUCAAAGGCAUAUUCCUGGCUAACAGGAAGAUAGAUGACCAAAUCAAGACUUUCAUUACCUACAAUAAGGGCAGAGACUGGCGUUUGCUGCAGGCACCAGACACCGAUCUAAGAGGGGAUCCUGUAGUUUGCCAGUUGCCCUUUUGCUCAUUGCACUUACAUCUGCAACUCUCAGAAAAUCCCUAUACUUCAGGAAGCAUUUCCAGCAAAGAGACAGCUCCUGGGCUGCUGGUGGCAACAGGCAAUAUUGGCUCUGAGCUUUCCUACACUGAUGUUGGCGUGUUCAUAUCUUCUGAUGGUGGAAAUUCCUGGAGACAGAUCUUCGAGGAGGAAUACAAUGUGUGGUUUCUGGACUGGGGAGGGGCACUAGUGGCCAUGAAACACACGUCAGUGCCCAUCCGGCACAUGUGGGUGAGUUUUGAUGAGGGAAGAUCCUGGAGUAAAUACAGUUUCACAUCAACACCACUUUUUGUGGACGGAUCUCUUGUAGACCCUGGCAUAGAGACCCAGAUAAUGACAGUUUUUGGGCACUUCAGUCUCCGUUCUGAAUGGCAGCUGGUCAAGGUGGACUACAAGUCUGUGUUCAGCCGGAGAUGUAACAAAGAUGACUACCAAACCUGGCAUCUGCACAAUCAGGGGGAGCCUUGUGUCAUGGGAGAGAGGAAGAUCUAUAAAAAACGCAAGCCUGGAGCCCAGUGUUCCCUAGGUCGGGACUAUUCCCAAACUGUGGUGUCUGAACCAUGUGUCUGUGGUCAAGGGGACUUUGAGUGUGACUAUGGGUAUGAGAGGCACAGCAACAACCAGUGUGUCCCAGCCUUCUGGUUCAGCCCGUCCUCCCUGUCCAAGGACUGCAGCAUUGGUCAGAGCUACUUGAACAGCAGUGGGUACCGAAGGAUUGUGUCUAACAACUGCACAGAUGGCUUGCGAGAGAAGUACAUGGCCAAGAUGGAGAAAUGCCCUGGAAAAGCACCUCGGGGACUGCACAUCCUCACUACUGAUGGAAAACUGGUCACGGAGCAGGGACACAAUGCCACCUUCAUCAUCCUUAUGGAAGAGGGCGAUCUCCAGAGGACAAACAUUCAGCUUGAUUUUGGAGACGGCAUUGCAGUAUCCUAUGCUAAUUUCAGCCCUGUUGAGGAUGGCAUCCGGCAUGUGUAUAAGAGUGCUGGAAUCUUUCAGGUGACGGCAUAUGCAGAGAACAGCCUGGGCUCUGACACUGCUGUCCUUUUCCUGCAUGUGGUCUGUCCAGUGGAGCACGUCCAUCUGAGUGUCCCCUUUGUCGCCAUCAGAAAUAAAGAUGUCAACAUUACUGCAGUAGUUUGGCCCAGCCAGGCAGGCACGCUUACCUACUUCUGGUGGUUUGGUAACAGCACCAAGCCCCUCAUCACCUUGGAGAGCAGCAUCUCAUACAUCUUCGCCAUGGAGGGGAUGAAUACUGUCACUGUGCAGGUUUCUGCGGGCAGCACCCUCAUCCAAGACACCAAGGAGAUCGCAGUGCAUGAGUAUUUCCAAUCUCAGCUCCUGUCAUUUUCUCCCAACUUGGACUAUCAUAACCCUGAUAUCCCUGAAUGGAGACAAGACAUUGGCAAAGUCAUCAAGAGAGCUCUAGCGCAGGUGACUGGUAUCCCUGAUGAACAGAUCUUGGUAGCUGUUUUUCCUGGGCUGCCUACUUCUGCUGAACUCUUCAUACUUCCCCAUAAAAACACAACAGAGAGGAGGAAAAGCAGUGAGGCUGAUCUGGAGCAAGUGGUAGAAAUCCUUUUUAAUGCUCUCAGCCAGAACCUGGUCCAGUUUGAACUGAAGCCUGGUGUUGAAGUCAUUGUAUAUGUUACUCAGUUAACAUUAGCACCCCUUGUUGAUUCCAGCACGGGUCAUAGCAGUUCGGCGAUGCUGAUGUUGUUGUCUGUGGUGUUUGUAGGCUUGGCUGUUUUUUUAAUCUACAAAUUCAAGAGGAAAAUCCCUUGGAUUAACAUCUAUGCCCAAGUUCAGCAUGACAAGGAGCAGGAAAUGAUUGGCUCUGUCAGCCAAAGUGAAAAUGCCCCCAAAAUCACUCUGAAUGAGUUCACAGACCCUGAGGAGCUGAUGGACAAAGAGCUGGACACGCGAGUGAUGGGAAGCAUCUCAACAAUUGCCAACAGUGAAAGCACAAAGGAAAUCCCCAACUGCACUAGUGUUUAA